GGUCAAUGUUUCCUCACGGACGCUUUAGUGAACUUCACGCGUGUUGCAUGUGUUGUGUUCUUGUAGACUGUAAAUAAUAACAGCUCUACAGUUUCCUUUAUGACAGUUAACCCCGCUAACAUGUCCACUGCGGAGGUAGUGCUGGGUUUUCUGGAGGAUGCGGAGCCGUGGCGGCUGCUGUCCCCGCAGUUCCCCAGCAAAGUGGGUGGGAAACCGGCGUGGCUCAGCCAGGGUGGCCUGCCUUCACUGCCUGGGCUGGAGUGUGAGAUCUGCCGCCUGCCCAUGGCUUUUCUACUGCAGGUGUAUGCACCUAUUUCUGGCGAUGACAGAUGUUUUCACAGGACGCUCUUUCUGUUCUGCUGCAAGACUCGGGAGUGCUACACAUUCAACGACAGCCGCUGUAUGAAAGUUUUCAGAAGUCAGCUAAGCAGGAGGAAUGCCUUCUACCCCUACAACCCUCCAUCAGAAGAUGAACCGCCCCGUGAUUAUGAACCGAACAUGAGUGUGUUGUCCCCUUCUGGAGUAAAACUGUGUUGGGUUUGUGGCUGCCCUGGCACCAAGGCCUGCUCCCGCUGUCACAGUGUAACAUACUGUGGGAAGCACCACCAGACCCUUCAUUGGAAACACAGUCACAAGAGGGAGUGCUGCAGCCAAGAAGCGACCGUCGUCACGUCUCCUUUUGUCUUCCCUGAGUCAGAGCUGGUCACUGAGCCUGAGGAGGAGGGGGAGGAUGUGGAAGAGAAAGAAACAAAGGAGGCAGAAGAAGAAGAAACUGCAAAUUGUCAAUCUAUAGAAAGCACUCUGACAGAGACAGACCUGGAGGAGGUGGCUAUGCAUGAGACUGAAGACAACAAAGUCUUCCAGCGGUUCAAAAGGAAGAUCGCACCAGAGCCACACCAGGUGGUGCGUUACAGCCAAGGUGGCUCCCCUUUGUGGAUCUCUUCAAAGCACAUCCCUACAGAUCAGGAUAUCCCAUCAUGCACCUGUGGCGCCAAGAGGACCUUUGAGUGCCAGGUGAUGCCCCAGCUGUUAAACAGUCUGUGCGAGGACUCAACAGGAGCAAGUAUUGACUGGGGGACACUGGCCAUCUACACAUGCUCUGUCAACUGUAACCAUGACGACCUGUACUGCCCCGAGUUCAUUUGGAAGCAGGACUUCAGCCCAGAUCAACCCACAGAGACUCAACCCACACAAUAGUUUCUGGAUAGUGUAUUUUUUUUAUAAAAAUAUCUGGUGAAAGUUCAAAGAGUAAAACAGGAGUUCUUGAAGCUGCCCACUGGAUGCUCAAAGUUUAAAUCCUGUCUAUUAAGAGGAAAGUAUCAGUGGUCUUCCUGACCUCUGUGGACUCUGAAAUCUGUUCAUUUCCAGCAUUACUUACAUUUUAUUUUAAGUCAGUAAAACAAGUGUUUGUUGCACAAUAAAGCUCUUAACAAAGUUA